AUGAGUGAACGCGUUGCAGCACAAUCUGCAGGAGCCAAAGACAUCCAACCGGUUUAUAAGAACCCGAAGCUAGGGUGGAUGAUUGGUUUUCUUUUCAUCGUUGGUUUUCGAGGCCUUUUCACCGUGGUUCCCCUUCGGAAGAUUAUGAUACUGGACUUGAAAUUAACGUAUCCAAAUGGUAUUGCAACGGCGCAUGUUAUUAACAGUUUCAACAGUCCUAAAGGAGAUAAGCUUGCAAAUGUCUGCGGGAAACAACUGAGAGAAUUGGGAAAGUUCUUUUCCUUCAGCUUCUUGUGGGGUUUCUUCCAGUGGUUCUUUACUGGUGGUGACGAUUGUGGAUUCGACAGCUUCCCAACGUUUGGAUUGAAACCAUAUGAGCAGAAGUUUUACUUCGAUUUCUCCGCAACUUAUGUUGGAAUUGGAAUGAUUUGUCCUCACAUCAUAAAUGUAUCCCUGCUAAUUGGAGGAAUCCUUUCUUGGGGUAUCAUGUGGCCUCUUAUAGCAACUAAAAAGGGUGAUUGGUAUAGUGCAGACCUCAAGCCAAACAGCAUCCAAGGCAUUCAAGGUUACAAGCUCUUCAUUUUCAUUGCUAUGAUCCUUGGUGAUGGAUUAUACAACUUCUUCAAGGUGCUGAGCCAAACUUUGGUGGGCUUGGUUCCCAAAUUUCAAGCCAGGAACAAAGACAACGCUCUCUCGGUGGCCGAAUGUCCCCAUCCUCCGGUCAGCCAGUCUCUCUUAUUUGAUGAUAAUCGCCGAACCCAAUUCUUUCUGAAAGAUCAAAUCCCAACAUGGUUUGCUGUUGGAGGUUAUGUCUUGAUUACUGCAAUCUCAAGUGCCGCACUUCCUCAUAUCUUCCCCCAGCUAAAGUGGUACCACAUUUUAGUUAUCUACUUCUCUACACCCAUCUUGGCCAUUUGUAAUGCGUUCGGGUGUGGGCUCACUGAUUUCUCUAUGGCACCCACUUAUGGAAAGCUUGCCAUCUUUAUGAUCGGGCAGUGGGCCGGUGCCUCAAAUGGUGGAGUCCUAGCAGAAUUUCAAGACAGGACACUUGACAUUGGUUUCACCACGGUCCAUGUUCGUGAGCCAAGUGAUUGGCACUGCAAUGGGGUGCGUAAUUUCCCCUUGUGUCUUUUGGAUCUUCUACAUGGCCUUCCCGGAAGCCAAUACCCCGCUCCAUUGGCUCACAUUUACCAUAACAUGGCGAAAUUGAGCGUCGUAGGCUUCUCAACCUUACCGAAAAAUUGCCUCUUGCUCUGCUUCGUCUUCUUUGGGGCAGCCAUUGUCAUCAACUUGAUGAGAGACUCCCUAGGUAAGAAUCGAGCAUGGCUUAUACCACUUCCGAUGGUAAUGGCAUUGCCAUUUUAUAUAGGUCCUCACUUCGCCAUUGAUAUGUGCGUUGGAAGCUUGAUACUCAAUGCGUGGGGAAGGAUAAGCAAGGCCGAAGCAGAUGCUUUUGGGUGUGUUGUAGCUUCAGGUUUGAUUUGUGGGGAUGGUGCAUGGACUUUGCCUAGUUCCAUGCUUGCAAUGGCUGGUGUAAAACCUCCCAUUUGCAUGAAGUUUCUGCCCACCGGAACAAACAAGAAGGUUGAUGAGUUUUUAGGGUCCUAGGACCUAACUAUCCCUAAACAACAAU